AUGCCCACCGUUAGAUCAGGAGUCCCACCCGAGGCUUAUAUCCGCCGCCGGAGUUCGACCCUUUCCCAGUACAGUUUGAACGAAGCUUCGCAGGAUUUCCGCGAGGAGAUUGUAGACCCUGGGCCAGAUGUUAGGAGCGCGGUGACGACAUGGAAGUCGUUUCUGCCCAUUGUGUUUGCUUCGAUUCCCCCGGUUGCGGGGCUGUUCUUUCACAACGGGACGGCCUUCUUCAGCGACCUCAUCCUACUCUUCCUGGCCACCGUCUUUCUUCACUGGUCUGUUACGGCGCCAUGGAAAUGGUAUCAGGCGACGCAGCAGGUGAGGGAGGGCCAAGAGACCGCCUUGGAAGAGUCGUUGGAGCUCCAAAGCGGCGCCCGAAGUCCGGAUUCUGGUAGUGAUUCGAUGUCACCCAAGAGCGUCACUGGGUCAGGAGACGACAAGAAGAUGAAAGCGCGCAAGAUUGAUGCGGCAUUGGGCCGACUGCAUAGACUCGAAAUUAUGGCCCUGGGUGCAUGUUUUCUCUCUCCGGCGGCCGCCACUUACAUGCUCUACUCGCUGCGCUUCUUUCUCAGCCGGCCCUCGGAAGGACUUGUCUCCAAUUUCAACGUCGGAAUUUUCUUUCUCGCCGCCGAGAUCACUCCACUCUCGCAUGCCAUCAAAUUGGUCCUGGCCCACACCCUGCACCUCCAGCGCAUCGUCAACUCGAACCCCUACCGCACGGUGCGCGUCACGCCGUCCAAGUAUCGGGAGCUGAACAGCCAACUUGAGAAUCUCGAAAUUCGCUUGGAUGAGCAAGCCCGGCGAAAGCCCUGCGAAGGUUGUGAUUGCACCAAUGGGGCCAAGCAGCAGCAGGCAGCGCGGCAGAUGCGCGAGGAGACUACCAAGGAGGUGCGCGCCGCCGUGGCUCCCGACAUCGAUGCAAUCGUCCGUGCCGUUCGCCGCUAUGAGCGGAAGACCAGUACUUUAACAAGCGACACCGAGCAGAGCAUAUUGGAUUUGCGCCGCCGCCUUGACGACGUCAUUGCCUUGUCCGCGGUGGUAGCUAGGAAUGACGCCCAACGUCGGGGGGUUAUGGGGAAUGCGGCGGAUGUGUUCUGGAUGGUUGUGAUGUUCCCACUGACGGCGAUACUCUGGGUCAUCUCCAUCUUUUUUCCACGCCCGCUAGGAUUGGUGGUGGAAGCAGAGGAGCGAACCCCAGUUGGUGUUGAUGAGCAUGGAGGGAUUGCUGACGAUGGGAGUAGCAUUGAUUGGAGUGGGGGAGGGAGAACAUACCGACUCAGCUCAAGCUUCAACCCUCUUGGUCAAACACAGACUCGGCCUUUUAGGUCGGGGCGGAGUUCUCCCAUAUCAUCGGUUGGGCCGUUUUCGCGUCCGAGUAGGUUUCGGACGUCGUGA